CCCCUCUUCAUGCUCUGGUUACUUCUUACUACAAUUCUUUCGCUUUCCAGAACCCGUGUCUGUGAGCCGUAGAGAGAGAGAGAGAGAGAGAGAGAGAGAGAGAGAGAGAGAGAGAGACGACGACGACGGCGACGAAAAAGAAUUUUCCUUGAAAUAACGAAGAGGUUGUUUAGUCCACAGCUGACAAGCGUUCGGAGCUUGAAAGAGAGAGAGAGAGAGAAUGGAGAAGAUUUCGUAUGGUUGAGGAAAAGAGAUCAAUCUUCGGAGCUGUUUUCUUGAGUUAUUCUGUUUCUGUGGAGAACUUUGAAGUGUUUGCCAUCUGAUAUCUUGAGGAAAAUGGCCAGUGCAGCAACUAAAAUCCGAUUUGUUCGAUGCCCCAGAUGUCAAAAGCUUCUCCCUGAGUUGCCUGAACUUCUACUCUAUAAGUGUGGUGGAUGUGAUACGGUCCUUCAAGCCAAAAAUCGCAAAAAUGGAAGCUCUGGAUCACUUGAAAAUAGUUCUCAGAAGAACCAAUUGGAGCAUGCUUCUGCAGAUGUAAAAUCACCCAGCUCAGGUCAAAUAGAAAACCAUCACGAGGCAAAAGAAUUUUCAUCACAUCUAGAUGCGAAAGAGCAACUUCCAUAUACAGAUGGAAAAAUUGAGGCAUCUGGGAGCAGGAAUUUCUCGAGUGGAGUUUCUUCAGGUGAGUUGGAAUGUUCGUCAUCAGAAGAGCAAUUGGAGAACCAACUGGAGCAUGAUUCUGAAAAUGGGAAAUCCACCAGCUCAGGUCAAAUAGAAAACCAUUCUGACAGAAAACAAUGUUCAUCAUAUCUGAAUGUGAAACAGCGACUUAAAUCUACAGAUUGCUCUAUCAAGCCAUCUGGAAGCAGGAAUUUCUUGAAAGGAGUUUCUUCAGAUGAGUCAGAAUGUUCGAUAGAUCUGAAUGCAGAAGAGCAAUCGGAGAACCAACUUGAGCAUGAUUCUGAAGAUGUGAAAUCAAACAGCUCAGGUCAAAUAGAAAACCAACUUGAGCAUGAUUCUGAAGAUGUGAAAUCAAACAGCUCAGGUCAAAUAGAAAACCAUUCUGACACAAAAGAAUGUUCAUCAUAUCUGAAUGUGAAACAGCAACUUAAACCUACAGAUUGCUCUAUCAAGCCAUCUGGAAGCAGGACUUUCUUGAAAGGAGUUUCUUCAGGUGAGUCAGAAUGUUCGAUAGAUCUGAAUGCAGAAGAGCAAUCGGAGAACCAACUGGAGCAUGAUUCUGAAGAUGUGAAAUCAAACAGCUCAGGUCAAAUAGAAAACCAUUCUGACACAAAAGAAUGUUCAUCAUAUCUGAAUGUGAAACAGCAACUUAAACCUACAGAUUGCUCUAUCAAGCCAUCUGGAAGCAGUACUUUCUUGAAAGGAGUUUCUUCAGGUGAGUCGGAAUGUUCGAUAGAUCUGAAUGCAGAAGAGCAAUCGGACAACCUAUUGGAGCAUGAUUCUGAAGAUGUUAAAUCAGCCAGCUCAGGUCAAAUAGAAAAUCAUUCUGACACAAAAGAAUGUUCAUCAUAUCUGAAUGCGAAACAGCGACUUAAAUCUACAGAUUGUUCUAUCGAGCCAUAUGAAAGCAGGAAUUUCUUGAAAGGAGUUUCUUUGGAUGAGUCGGAAUGUUCGUUAGAUCUGAAUGCAGAAGAGCAAUCGGACAACCAAUUGGAGAAUGAUUCUAAAGAUGUAAAGUCAACCAGCUCUGGUCAAACAGAAAACCGUCUCGACACAAGAGAAUGUUCAUCAAAUCUGAAUGAGAAAGAGCAAAUUGAAUCUGCGGAUUGCAGUAUCGAGCCAUCUGAAAGCAUGAACUUCUUAAGUGCAGUUUCUUCGGGUGAUUCAGAAUGUUUGUCAGAUCUGAAUGCAAAAGAGAAAGUUGAAUCUACAGAUUGCAGUGUUGAGCCAUCAAGAAGUAGGAACUUCAUUGAUGGAGUUUCUUCAAGUGAUUCAUUGGAUCUUGACAGUGGGAAAGAGCAAAUUGAAUCUAUAGAUUGUAGCAUCAAGCAAUCUGGAAGUAGAAGUUUCAUAAAAGAAGUUGCUUCAAGUGAUGUUAGUUAUCAUGAGAGGGAAGAAAAGUCUUCUGAAGCUGGACAGAAUACACAAGCAGAUGAAUGUGAAGAAAGUCAAAGUCCUGAUGCCCAACUUUCUUCUAGGGGAAAGAGCUCAUCCUUUACAGCUCAGAGACAAUCUGAUGAGAGCAAUGUGACGAAAAUGAGUUCCGCAUCUUCAAAUCAACAGUUGCUGCAAUCUCAUGGGAUUUCUUACCAUGAGUCUGACCAUACAAGGUCCAUAGAGACAGUUGAGGCUUCAGGCACUACUGACAAUGGGAACAUUUCAGAGGAGCUCAGUGGUACACCUAGAAAUAUUCCAAAUUCUCGAACAGCCAGAAGCUCUCAUGCUUAUGAUGCUAGUGUUUCCUCUUUUGAUGGAUGGGAUGACCAGGUCCCUGAGCAUCCUACAAACCUACCUAAAAGAUCUUGGUUCAACGACCAAGUGGUUAGUGACUUUGCUUCUAAGGAGGAGAGACCAAGAAGGAAGGACAUGUUUAUGAAUCAGAAGAUAAUUGACGAUCCAGAAUUGCUACGUCAACUGAGAAAAUUCUUCUCAAUGUCAUCAGAUGAGAAGCAUGGUCUGGCUGUCAUGGAUAGUCUGAAGUGGGAAGGAUCCAGAUUCCAAGAACAGGAGCAAGUGGGUUCACCAAAUUCUGAUGGUCUCCGUCCCAUAAAGAAUCAUAUGAGUUCAGUAAGUGAGGAAUUUUGGUCUAGGGAGUCAUCCCUAAGGGGCUUCCCCAAUGUCUAUGAGAAUGGCAGCCCUUCGAACUAUGGGCAUGGAGAGUUUUCGUCCAGUACGAGUGCACGUAAUUCUAGCAAACUUGACUACCUUGAACAAAUCGAACUAUUAAGAAAGGUGGAUGAAUUGAGAGAUCAACUUAGUAGAUCAUACAACCAGAGAGAAAUGGCAAAUGAAUGGUGUCCUGCCAGAGGCGCUCAGCAGGAAAAGCAGCAACCACCGUAUUACAGGUCUGAACAACUUGACCCCGAAGUUCCACACUGGUAUGAUGCAAACCAUCAUAGGCAUCCUCAUGUACCAUUCAGGACAAGAAGAAAUAGGUGCCAAAAAUGUGAAUUUUCACAAAUGCAUUUCUCAGGACAGAGUUCGAAUCGGACAAACCAUGUUGAUUAUUCCUGUGAUCAUUGUUGCCCAGAAGACUGGCAAUCUCAGAGCCAGUUUCCACCCUCCAUCACUUGCUGUAGCAAAGGGCCAUCUAGGGUCCAUUCUGGUCAAAUGUUCAACGAACCUUAUAAUUCCAGUUCUGCUACUCAGCAGAAGUAUAUGGAUCCUUAUUUCUCACUACAAGGUAGCAGGAUGCAUUCCCAAGAACAGGUACAUAUGGUCCAUGAUGUGCAAAAGAAGUAUGUGGAUCCUUAUUUCUCACUACAAGGUAGCAAGAUGCGUUCCCAAGAACAGGUGCAUAUGGUCCAUCAUGUGCAAAAGAAGUACUAUCAGAAUAGACCUCAGCCUGUUAAGCGACAUUGCCGACCCAUUGCAGGUGGAGCCCCUUAUAUUAUGUGCUAUAAGUGCGGUCAACUGUUGCAGCUUCCUGAAGAUUUUAUCUCGCAAAAGAAGAUACAUCAGCUACAGUGUAGUGCUUGUUCACAGGUACUUAAGUUUUCCCUUAAGAACAGAACUCAUAUCAUUCCUUAUUACCCAAUCCCAGCGGUUCCUCCGCCGAGUGAGGUUGGCAACUGUAGUGACUAUCCACAAGGGGACCCAGUGUCCUAUUCUGAAGAUUGUGGACCCUCAAUGCCUUCAAGCAGUUAUUCUGAAGCAAACCUAAAGAGAAAGAAGAAGCCAGUCUUGAAACAAUCUGGAAACAAUAGUAAGACUCCCAUAAAAGCAUCUGAAUCACCCAGUGCAUCCUUGAAUGUUGCCAAACUGGAUAGUUCAUCCAUGGAAGGAGAAGUGGCACCACGACCAUCUACUUCAGCACUCCAUCGGCUUAUGGGUUAUUCUUCUGUUAGAGAAAUCAUAUUCUCAUGAUGAUCCAGAAACAAAUAUGCCAACAUGGGAGUGAAGGAUGACAGGAGUUUGCUACUACACCUGAAGCCUACCAAAUUUUGUAAAUUGUUCGACUGCCACUUGGUUCAUCUGAAGUACAUUUGAGAAAUUGUAGGGCCAGAACUUGUGGUUCCCUUGUAUAUAGAGGCCUAAUGAGUGAUGUUUCUAUUGAUUGUGUCCAUCUGUUUCUUUAUUGUUAUUGUUCUUGAUGUUUUACUGUAAAUCAUUCUCUGUAUUCUGUAUUCUGUAUUGUGACCUGGUGGUCAAGCGGUCAAAAGUCUCUCGACAUUUUCGGGGUAAGGCUGCUACCUGGGUCCCCUUGUGGAUAGUUUGUCAUGUACUUUCUAAGUUUUUAAUAGUUUGAUUGCUUCCCUAUUUAUAAAGAAUUUGUAUCA